AUGAAAUUUUCAACCGCCACCCUCUUCGCUGUAUUUGCUGCUUCUCUCAGCACUUCAAAUGCAAACGCAUACAAGUACAGUCAGCUCCGUCCAAAGCUUCGGCGGCUCGAUGAAAGCAGCGAUGAUGUCGAAGAUGCUGUCACUACAAGAGAAUGUGAACUUGAGGUUGACAGUGGAGAAGAAGUCGAGUUCCAAUGCAAGAGCAAAACAAAGUCGGAACUUAUGGAAACUGAAGAUAAGAUCAAAUACAAAGUUUCGUACGAUGAGAAGGGGCUCAAAGUCAAGGUCUCGUACGAACAAGAAAUUGAAACCGAGACACCCGACAACGAAAACGAAACAGAUAACGAAAACGAAACAGACAACGAAAACGAAAACGAAACAGAUAACGAAAACGAAUCUACAACUGUUGCUGGGGGAGAUGACCGCCGUCGAGCUGAACAGACUCAGACCACCGAAACCGAGUAUGAGGUUGUCUUCGAUCGCCUCAUUGAGUAUGCCAAGCCUAAUGGUGUGGUUGCCGCAUCAGCCACGUCCCAAGCUUACAACUUUGACGAAGAUACUACCGUUAGCUCUAUCGACCUCACCAACAUGUCUGCCUUUACACCUGUCGCUGUCCAACCCAAUGGAGACAUCAAGUGGCAAAUUUCUACUGUUGACGGAGUUGCCACCUUCUUCUUCACUAUUUCCCCAGGCGGAGAAGGAGCCGAAGUAACUGCCAACAAGAUGAAGAUUGAUGUCGAUAUCAAGGGAUAUCAGUGGCAGCAAAGUACCUCCAACAUGGCAGUCUUGGCCAAUGUGGAAAGUGGUACCGAGGUUGACAUUGACUACGAAGACGACGAACAAGUUGUACAGCCUGCUAGUGUUGCUGUCAACUUUGGAACGAGUUCCAUUGACGCCUCGAUGCUUCGCCCCUUUGGAGAAUUCACAUGGGCUCGUGAUGCAGUAGUUUAUACCGCUGGAAAUUCUACCAACUCGACAACCGACACCCCUAUGAUUUCCACUGCUCAGGCUGCCCAAGGAGAUGUAAUUGCUCCUACCAAUGACACAUCUGUUGUGGCCAGUGCUACUAUUCAAGUUGUCGCUACAUCGGCAUCCGAUGGUUCCGAUAGUAUGGCGUUUAGCUUUGUCGGCUCUGGUGCUCAAAUGGCAGAAGAGAUCUUUUGGGAUCCUGAAGCAGGAAUCGGAUAUGCUCCAUCUGGAGCCUUUGGAUUUAGCUUGGUCGGAGUAUGUGGCAUGAUGUUGGCUGCCAUGAUCAGCGCCCUAUAA